AUGGAAGAAAUAGCAGAAUUGUUUGCAAAUGAUUAUAACAUUCCGCCACCAGCACAAGAAAACUCUGCAGAAGUAAAUAGAUUUUUGGGGGCUUUUGCAAUUGAAAUGGAAAACAAAGAUGGACGAAUGGAAAUACAGACUCCUGAAUAUAAACGAAAUGAACUUGAGAAAUUUCAUAGGAUUUGCAAUUUUGCAAGACAAUUGAAUGAAAGAGAAGAACAAGCUCCAAACCAACCUCCACAUUGGUUUCAAAGUUGGUUGAACGACCCAAAUGCUAUGACGGCAAAAGUUGAUAGACUAGAGGGAAGACUUGACAGAUUGGAAAUGAAAUUUGACCGAUUGGAGAUGAAUUUUUCAAGAUCACAAAACAUUCAGCGAAGAUCCAUGGGAUGUUCAGCCAAUAUUAUUCCAUUUUUACAUGGUGACCAACCUGAUGAUGAUUUGCCUGGCAUUACCUCGGUUGAAGAUAUAGAUCGCUUGACUAGAGACCAAUGCACUCGAUAUCUUGAUGGAUACGAAAUUCCUUACAACUACAAUGAAACCAUUCGAUUGAAAGAACGGCUUCGUGAUGCAGUUGGUUUAAUUUCCCCGUAUGAUAUAACGUUUUGUUUUUCUGGAUUCCAAUGA